AUGGAGGUUUCAGGAGCAUCGAAUGUUGUGUCGGGUGUAAUGGACUUAGUUAACAGUUUGACUGACUUGCAAAUUAACCAUGAAAAGCUAAACCAGAAAGCUGAUAAGUUGGUAGAAGAAAAUGCAAAGCUAGAAGAAGAACUAACUCAGUUACAUUUAAACCACGAGAAACUUUUAGGCGACUACGAUGAUCUAAAGGAGAUGUAUUUGGCAUUAUUGAAGAAAUAUAAUGAUUUGAGCACUGAGAAUGAGGAUAAUGCGAAGGAGAAUGCAAAAAUUAAAAAGCAGUGCGCAGAGGCUGUAGCUGACAAAAAUACGGAAAUUCAAUCCUUUGUAAAGCAAAAGGAAGAAUAUAAAAAGAUAAUUGCAGAAAUGAAGACGGAGUACAAUGUGGCUACAGAUGAAAAAAACGCAAUCAUUACAGAUUUAGAAAAUAAAAAUGGAGAUUAUGAGAAACAAAUUGCAGAAAUGAAGGCCGAGUGCGAUAAAGCUGUGGAGGACAAAAGCACAAGUAUUAAAGACUUAAAAAAGGAGAAUGACAAUUACGGGAAACAAAUUGAAAAAAUACAAAAAGAGUACGAUGAGAUGGUAGCUGACACAAAUGCAAUGAUAGCAGAAUCACAAAGGGAAGCAUUAGAAUUCAAAGGUGCAUUGGAUAAAUGUUUAUCAGAUUAUUCUGAACUAAAAACUACCAAUGCAGAUUUGGAAGAAGCCAUAGCUGUGACUACAACGUCACUAUCAGCCAAUAGACAAGAAUUCAAUGCAAUAGUUGCCCAGAAAGCAUUGACCGACAAAGAACUUGUGAAUUUGAGAGCAGACCUUGUUGAUAUGCGAACUGCUAGGCAAGCAGCAGAUCAAAGGCAUGUUACGGCAUUGGCUGAAAUAAAUGAGCGUGUGAGUAAUUGCGAAACAACCACUCUUUUGGUGCAACAAAAAUAUGAUUCAUGUUCAACUGAAUUAACGGAAAAAUCGAGCAAAAUUCAAGAUUUGGAAAACGAUAAAAAAGCUCUGGACACGAAAUACAAGCUAUUUAAGGAAGAAGCAGACAAAAAAGUUUCGGACGCUGAAUCGGCUGAAACAUCAGUGAACGAAGAAUUAGUUGCACUGAGAGAACACUACUUUGAGUUACAUACUGCUAAACAAAACGCUGAUUCUCAAAUUACAGCGGCGCAGGCAUUGCUGGCAGAUAGAACGUCCGAAUUCAAUAAGGAGAAACUCAGAGCCCAAGCUGAAUGGGACGAAGCAUACGCAAAGCAAGCUGUUGAUAAUGCAAAUUUGGAUGAAAGUCUGCAAAAUAUCAAAGUGUUACUAGCUAACAAAGAAAAAAAUUAUAAAGAUGCAGUUGUUAAAAUUGAACAACAACAAUUGCAGAUUGACCAAAUGGAUGCAGAAUGUGUGGCGGUGUCUUUCACGCAGCAGCAACACGAUCAGUGCUUAUCUGAAAUAACUGUUUACUCAACACAAAUAGACAAGCUCAAUGCUGACCACAGAAACGAACUUGCAAAGACGACUGCAGAGCAUGAAGGUGCGAUUACUAUUCGAGAUGUUGAAAUAGUAAACUUGCAAUUAGCUAAUGGUGAUUUGAAAACUCAAAUAACAGAAUCUGAAAACGUCAAGAGAGCUUUGCAAAAGCUAGCGGCGGAUUUAACAAAGGAAAUCGACGAAAAUGUAAUCCAGAUACAACAUCUUAAAGGAAAAAUUGACGAAGUGCAAGAUCAAAACGAGAACGGUAUUGAAGAGAAGAAUGCAGAAAUCCAACGACUCACAAGUUAUAACAAAGAAAAAGAAGCCAUUAACGGAAAAAUAACUUCCGAAUUAAAUAAAGUUAUAAAUGAAAACGCAAUAUUGUCCGGGAAAUUGGAUGCAGCAAAUCAAUUACUUCAAAUUCAAUCAGAUUCGGACAACAUAGAAUACAAAGAGAAAUUUAUUCAAUUUGUGGAAAGAAUUGACGGAGAGAAAUUUCAAUUGAUGUUAGCUAAAGACGAUUAUGAAACAAAACUGUUGGAGGCACAAAACAAUAUAAAUGCCUUGGAGGAUGAAUUGGCAGCUAUCAGGCAGACUACACAAGAUGAUACCGAUCAAUUAAAUAAUCUUACCAAACUUUACGAAACUAUAGAAUGCGAAUUGCGCAAAACUGAAGUGAGAUAUAUAACAUGUCGAAAGGAAGUUGAAAAUUGUAAAAUGUUACUAAACGAAAACUAUGAAACUUCCAUUGGAAGGAAAGAUGAAGUAUCAGAUAAUGUGCAAAAUGCCAUUCAACUCUAUCAAAUGAUGGCAGCCACUAAAAAUAAAGAAAACUUACUAGAACGAGUUAAAGAACUGGUGAAUAUCAUGGCAGAAGUGAAUGUGACGGUAAUUUAUUCAUUUGAACCAAGCUACACUUUGCAACUUCGAUCCAUUAGUUUUGAGGAGUUCAACAUUCAAGUUUCAACGUUUUUGUGCAACUACUUCAAUAACACUUGCAAAUAUGGAAAAUAUUGCGAUCUGGUUCCUUUUGUAACAAUGUUCAAAAGCGAUCAAAUUCAAAACGAGGUUCAAGAAAUAGAGAAUAAAAUUGGUUUCACUAUUAUCAAAGAAAGUUCAUUCAUUUUGCCUACUUUUAAUCAUCCAACAAAUUCAUAUGAUGAAAAAACUUGGAUUAUAAUGACUGAUGGCAAUACUGGUAUUGUAUCCCCAGGUCCACUACAGCUGUUAUUCAUGAAGAAAAUAUCACAAAUAAUUAAAGAAAAUGAAUCUACUUUUAUAAAUGAAUUGUACAACUUAGUUUUUUGUAAAUGUCCCGAUGGUUUUACUGGUGAAUAUUGUGCUCCAUCAGAAGAGGCUGUGUCAGAAUUCACCGAGACAUAA